GUUUUUUUUUCCUUAUCCUCCCUAAAAAUUUCGCGUUAGAAAAACUUAUUAGCUAACGUACCAACUAACUUUUUCUUCGUCCUUCACUACAUUUAAAAAUUCAAAAUGGGCGGAAGAAGAGAGAAAAUGGCGGAAGGCGGACGUUAUCGGCUCGUCUCGAUCUGUGAGAAGUUUGAAGAGCCAAUAAAAUUGUCAGAAAAAAUAGUAACCACGUCAAUUUCUUUCCGUUCCUGUUCUUCUCUUGGUUAGGGUUACGUUUCUUGAUAUGGACGGCGAUGAUGACCAGCAGCAAUCGAAGCUCAUCGACGAGCUCUGCGCUCUCAUCUUCGCCCUUCUCCGCUCUCCCCACCUUUUCUUCCCUUCGGCAUCGACGCCUUCGCGGACGCUGCGGCCCUGUGGCGGCGCCGUCGCGGCUUUGUUCCGUCCGCAGCAACGAUCGCAGUUCACUCCGAUGGGCUUCGUGUCGCUCCUUCUUGGAGCUUCGCUAGCGCUUAUACUUUGUGGAUCCGUCACGUUCGUGCUCGGAUGCAUUCUGAUGCCCUGGAUCAUAGGCGUAUUGAUGUUUUCCUACUUCGUAGAGGUCAUCUCGAGUCUCUCUGAGAUUGGCAAAGCGGUGUUGUGCUUGUUCGAGCCUGCGCCGCUGAGGACCCCGGCGAAGGAGGUCUCAGACCAAUUCUUUUGAAGUGUGUAAGUUGGUGGUAGAUGCCAAAAGAUUUGGCAGGCCACCAUGGAGUAAGCUGGGCGACGCUUAUUUCGUCGCCGCCCUCUUCACAGGAUAUCUCAUUGGAAAUUAUAAGACUUUUUAUUGUAAUGCUGAUCAUAUUUUCAUAAUUUUUAAGAUUGUUGAAUGAAUGUUUUAUUUUCCUCAAUAUGGUUUGCAUUUUGUGGUGAAAAUAAUUUAUUUAAUUCCCAUAUUGUAUAAAUACAAAGUAUAUUUAGGUUUCAUCAUUUCCAUUGAAUGUGUGAACUUUUUAGUCUAUUUGAUAUUUUAUUUCAGAUGAUUGGUUAACAAUGCUUGAAAGUUGAGAAAUGAUAUCAAAAUAGCUAAUUUUUAGCAACUUGUCCACUUCGCAUUAACAACUUCGAUGUUUAUAGCUCUCCGUUAGCAUCACCAUCUUGGCCACCCUCAUCAUCAAGUCAUCGCCACCAUCAUUAGGCACAAUCGCCACAUUCGAGUUCAAUCUACUACAAAUGUUUGCAUUUCUUUUAAGACUUCGAAAGGUCAUAAUUAAUUAUCAUUUGUAGUCACAAGCUUUUACUUCUCAAACUAAUACAUUUUUAUAGGGUCCUUCCUCAGUUACCUCACGCAAUGAUAUAAAUACUAUGCUACUUUCAUCAAUGAUUUCUCGUGUUUUGUUUGGUUAUUUUCUAUGCAAACUAAAUAUGAAAUUCCUUUUCACUCCAUUCAUUUCAAAACACUUAUUGAAAAUAAGUUACAUUAUAAAAUCAAAUGCUCAAGGAUUGAUGAUGGCACUGAAUAUCUCAAUAAAUAGCUUCACACUUUUGUGCCACCCAUGAUAUUUUAUAUCAAAUUAGUUGCCCAUACACACCAAAGCAAAACAACCUAGUUGAACACAAACAAUACCAUAAACUUGAAACUAAUCGAACCUUCAUGCUGCCAAGCUUCAAACAGCGCCAACUCAAUCUAUCCUUAUUCUAGAUGACUACAAUGUCCUCACAUACAUAGUCAUUUAUAUCAACGACAUACUACUUAUCGAAAACAAUUCAGCCAUCCGCUCAAGAUAAAAAAUCUCGCCUCAAGCUCUCUAUGAAAAAUCUAGGCCAGGCAAAUCAUUUCCUAUGCAUCGGCAUUCACAAAACGCCAACUGGAUUGUUUCUAUAACAAAAAUCGUAUGCUCAAACAAUACUUUACAAAGCAAGAAUGACUUCUUGCAAGUCCAUCUCCAAUAAAACUCCAUCCAAACAACUACACACUUCAACUUCUACCACCUCACUUCAACCCAACACUCUAAUGUAAUCUCAUCGGUUCACUUCAAUAUCUAAUAAUUACCCAAGCCAACAUAUCCUUCACCAUCAAAUACCUCUAUAAACACAUGCAUGAUCCACUUCCACUUCAUUCAUUACUACUCAAAUGCCUCUUCUAAUACAUCAAAGGCACCUCAAUCUUUGGCCUACCAAUCACUCAAGGUCCUUGCACUUCUAAAUCCUUCUCUGAUUUCGAUUGGGCAAGUGAUGCUACAACCAGAUAAACGAAAACAUGCUGCUUUUGUUACCUUGGACCAAAUCUCAUUUCUUGAAGUGUCAAAAAGCAAUCAAUCAUAGCUAGAUCUUCAACAAAAGCAGAUUACUGAGCGCUCGCUGCUGCUGCAACUAAUAUAAUUUAGCUCCAUCGUAUUCUUCGGGAAUUUCACAUCCGACGCCACAUCCCACAAAUCCAUAUGGUGACAAUAUUUCAAUCACUGCACUCCCCAACAACCCCAUAUUUUAUAUGCUCAAGCCAAACAUAUUGAAAUUGACUACCACUUCAUCCACGAGCAUGUUCAAUCUCGAGAGAUUCAUAUUCUUCCUAUUCAAUCUCAAUAACAGCCUACCGAAAUCUUCGCUAAACUGCUUU